UGCGUAUUGCCUUCCAGGUCGUAAAACGGAAGUAGGGAGGGUGGAUAACAGUAACGUGGUUUCUUCAGAGUUUUCACUAUGAGCUGUAAUUACUCGUGAACAAGCUACUCGUCCACAUCCGGCAGAAUGGCCAGUGUGGAGCAGGUGACAGCAGUGGGCAAGGUCCUGGUGGACCCAAGUGUGGACCUGACCCAACGGUUUAGGGCUUUGUUCACCCUGAAGAACUUGGGAGGUGCUGAAGCCAUCAAGUGGAUCAGCAAAGCCUUUGCAGAUGACUCUGCUCUGUUGAAGCACGAGUUGGCUUACUGUCUGGGCCAGAUGCAGGAUAGACGAGCCAUUCCCACUCUGUGUGGUGUGCUCAAAGACACGCAGCAGGAGCCCAUGGUGCGACAUGAAGCGGGAGAAGCUCUGGGAGCCAUCGGGGAUCCUUCAGUUCUGGACAUACUGAAGGACUACAGCCAGGACCCCGUCAUUGAGGUAGCAGAGACGUGUCAGCUGGCUGUGCGUCGGAUGGAGUGGCUGCAAAGCGGAGGAGAGGAACAGUUGCAGGACGGCAGCACAGAUCAGAACCCCUACUGCUCGGUGGACCCGGCUCCUCCCGCCCCCAGGAAGAGCGUGCCGGAGCUGCGCACCGCCCUUUUGGAUGAGAGCCUGCCGCUCUUUGAACGCUACCGUGCCAUGUUUGCACUUCGCAAUCUGGGCAGCGAGGAGGCAGUGCUUGCUUUGGGAGAUGGCCUGAAAUGUUCCAGCGCGCUCUUCCGGCACGAGAUUGGAUACGUCCUGGGCCAGAUGCAGCAUCCGGCGGCCGUCCCAGCACUCUGCGCUGCCCUGGAGUGUGGUGGGGAGAACCCAAUGGUGCGUCACGAAGCUGCAGAGGCUCUGGGCUCCAUCGGGAAGGAGGAGUGCCUAGCCCUGCUACAGCGUUACUGUGGCGAUGGCGAGCGUGUGGUAAAGGAGAGCUGCGAGGUGGCCUUGGACAUGCUAGAGUACGAAAACAGCGAGCAGUUCCAGUAUGCAGAUGGUCUGACACGCCUACCAGGUUAAACGGUCACAUAAGAAAGGGUAUUUGUUGUUGUCAUACAGUCACAGAGGAUGCACACGUGUGUUUAAAUUAAAGUACAAAGACACACAUCUGCUGUUUUACUUGAAGUAAGAAUCUGCUUGUGCUUUUAAGGACGUCCAGGAAUCCUGGAAGGAGCGUCAGCUCAUGUAUAGCGUUGUACCCAAAACAACAAAGUGUCUGAUAGCGAGCCACCCUCGGAGAGCACAAAGCAGCCAGGGACCUCAUUUAAAAAUAGUACAUUUUAAUGCCAAUUACAAAAACUCAAUGCUAGCCACUCUUCAGUGAGAGUUCAUUGUUGUAUGCUCCACUCUCCAUUAGGGGAAAUAAAAAGCCCUUUAACACAGCUGACGUUAUCACAGCUUUAAAAAUACAUUCUCUAUUUUUGUCAAGAUAUGCCGUGAUGUCACCAGGACUGUAUAUUACUAAAAUAUAUACAGUAGUACAUCGAUUAAAUGUGUGACAGUGUUUGGUGAAGGUGUGUUGAGAUUCAUUGAUAGUAUGUGUAGUAGUAUAUGUGUGACAUUGUAGAAUAAUGAUU